AUGGAUAAGUACACCCAGGUCGAAGAAUGGAACAAGACCAAAUCCCAGUCCCAAUCCGGGGCUGGGAAAGCAAAAGGACAACAGUGCGAAGGCCAGGGCCCGAGGAAAGGGAAGGCGAAAGCCUCAGAACCGUCCUCGGCACCUGAGCUGAAGAAAGAAAAGACCCCCUAUACAGGGAUAUAUGAUUCUUACACUCCUCUCACUCUUCCCCAUGCUAAAAUCUAUAGCAUAACUAAGGACGAGGGGAGGUUUAAGAAGCCAAGGCCACUCCCACUGUGGCAUCAGCAAAAAGGCAAGGACCGAUGGUGUGAGUGCUAUGAAUCUCCUAGACAUCACACCGAGGACUGCCUCCAGCUGAAAGAUCAGAUCGAGGACAUGGUCCGAAAGGGCUACUUGAAAAAAUAUCUCGCGGAUCGCCGCGAAGAGAAAAGAGCCGAAAAAGAUCAUCGGCAAGAUCUAGAUUUCCUCCGGAAAAAGGAAAAGCCGCAAGGCAAAGAAAAUCCGGAUAUCCUUGUCAUUUCCGGAGGAACCUACUCUCGGAAUGCAUUAAAACGCCACUUGAGGGGCUUGACCCAUCAAGUGAAUCAUGCAGACAUCCGAGCACCCCAGUCUCCGGUGCCAAACAUUCUGUUCACAGCCGAAGACUACCGAGGGUUAGUGUACCCCCAUGAUGACCUGUUGGUAAUUGUGACGGGCAUUGCAAACCACAACGUCUGGCGAACUCUCGUUGACGGUGGUAGUAGCGCGAAUAUCCUCUUUCGAGGAGCAUUCGACCAGCUGAAGUUGGAGACCAAGCAUCUAAUCCCAGUACCCUUGCCGGUAUCUAAAUUCAAUGGUUCUUCAUCAUAUCCUGAUGGGAAGAUUUCUCUUCCUAUCACCAUCGGUAAGGGUCGAGCAACCCGGAACAUCAUGGCCAAGUUCUUGGUCAUGGACGUUCCGUCUGUGUACAACGUGAUUAUGGGGAGACCCCUCAUUCACAAAAUUCAAGGAGUUGUCUCGACGUACCAUCAAAUGAUGAUCUAUGUUUCGGACGAGGGACACUCCGAAAGAAUUCAGGGCAGCCAAAAGGAGGCCCAAAGAUGCAAUCACCUUAAACCAUCCAAAAGUCGCCGCGACGAUCGGGAUGAUGAGGAAGAAAGAGAAAUGGACUGA